AUGGAGCCCCGGAUGUGUUACGACGAUGUCGCAUGGGAACAAUCCGACGAUGUCUCCGACAAUUGGUUGCUUCAGUUUCUUGAUAUCGACGUCAAGAGACCGAUUGGGAAGUUUAUCCUGAAGCAUGAUUCUGGUGCCGAUCCCGAGUUUACAAUCCUUCGAAAGGGGGCUUUCAAUAUCGUAUUACAAAUGAAGUACACGUACAGCGCCACCAACAUCCGCUUUUCACAGCCUGGGGCCAUUCUUUUUCCCGAGGAAAAAGUUCAGAACGAAGUUGCCGUGAUGCGAUAUAUCUCAGACCAGACAUCAAUUCCAGUUCCAUUCAUUCUUCACUCGGGUACACGGGAGGAGAGCCCCCUCAAUCUGAGCCCUUGCAUUAUGAUGAGCCACAUAGAACAUACGACAAGCAUGUAUGAUGUUCUCAACACACCAGGAUGUCCAAAUGAAGAGCGGGGAGUCCUCGACCCAAAAAUUGAAGAAGAUCAACUUGGUAUGCUAUAUACACAACUAGCAAAGAUCCUGCUGCAGCUUUCUCGGCCAGAUGAAUUCCCCAAAAUAGGGUCCCUUAAUCAGGUGGAUGACUUUUCCUGGGAAGUGACUAGCCGUCCAUUGUCAAUGAAUAUGAAUGAGCUUGUCCGUUUAGGGACUCUGCCUCGAUCAAAACUUCCAUCCUUAGAUGCCACUUUCAAGACAGCAUCUUCAUACAUUGAAGCCCUAGCACAGCUCAACAUCCAACAUCUACUGCAUCAAAGGAAUGAUGCGGUGCAGUCUGCAGAUGACUGUCGCCGGAAGUUUGUUGCAAGACAGCUAUUUUACACGCUUGCCAGGGACAAGAAACUGUCUCUGCCAAGUUUCGAGAAUGGUCCAUUCAAACUCUGGUGUGAUGAUUUCGGGCCAGCCAAUAUUCUUCUCAAUGAGGUUAUGCAUAUUGCCGGUGUGGUGGACUGGGAGUUCACAUAUGCAGCACCGGUGGAGUUUUCAUACGCGUCACCAUGGUGGCUCCUUAUCGAGAAGCCCGAAUACUGGUCCGAAGGUAUCGAGGACUGGGCCCGAGUAUUCGAUCACCGCCCAAAGACAUUCCUCACGGCAAUGAGGCAUUGUGAAGAUAUGGACGCUCAGCACAGCCAGCGCCGGCUCUCGGAUCAGAUGCAACGGAGCUGGGAAAGCGGAGAAUUCUGGGUGGCGUAUGCGAUUUUGCACAGCUUUGCGUUUGAAGCGAUCUACUGGCAGAAAAUCGACCAGCGGUUCUUUGGGCCUACGGAGACCGACGAUCCCAGCGAGGCAUGGAAAGAGCGGUUGGACUUGCUGGACGAAAAUCAAAAGGGUGAGAUGGAACGGCUAGUGACGAGAAAGCUUGAGGAGAUGGAGAACAGGGUUUUGGCGUGGGACCCGGAUUAG